ACUGUAUACUAGCGAAGCAUGUCAUAAAACGUGUGGUAAAUAUACGUCUGAUUGCAAAUAAAAAACCACUAAACCUCAAAGAUAAUGAGAUUUGGAAGCCGCUGUUGUGAUAAAGUUAUCAUUGAACCUCAAAUAAUAUUUAUUGACAUUUAAAGCGAAAAUGAAGUGAAUGUUUACUUAUAGAGGGUGUCAAGCUAAAAGAGAUUCAGUCGUGAACUUAUUUCGGCAAAAACAACAGCUUGUAAAAAAUGUCAAAUAAUUGGGAAAACAACGAAGAAAUUCAAAUACUUCGAGAGUAUUUGCGUAUACCAAGUGUUCAUCCUGAUGUCGACUAUGAGCCAUGUGUGGACUUUUUAAAGCGACAGGCCGAAUCAUUGAACCUAGCGUUCAAUGUAUAUCGUUUAUUCAAUGAAAAAUCGCCCAUUGUUGUCAUCAGUUGGAUUGGUCGAAAUUCGAGUCUGCCUUCGAUCAUGUUGAACUCACACAUGGAUGUGGUGCCUGCAUAUCCGGAACAUUGGUCGCAUCCACCAUUUGCCGCUGAAAUGGAUGCAAAUGGCAAUAUUUACGCGCGUGGUGCACAAGACAUGAAGUCGAUUGGAGUGCAAUAUUUGGCCGCAAUUCGAGCAUUGAAAAAAUCGGGACAGACACUUGAACGAACAUUGCACUUGACUUAUGUCCCAGACGAAGAAAGCGAUGCAAUUUAUGGUAUGAAACAGUUUGUACAUCAUGAUGUCUUCAAAUCAUUAAACGUCGGGUUUUCACUAGACGAGGGGAUGACCAAUCAAAACGAUAUUUAUCGCGUUUUCUAUGGUGAACGCUCGAAUUGGAAGAUUGUUUUCAAAUGCUCUGGUCACACUGGACAUGGAUCGAUACUGUUCCAAAACACGGCUGGUGAGAAAUUGUCUUAUAUCACACAGAAGUUGUACGAAUUCCGAAAGACACAAACGGAGAAAUUGGAAAGUGAUCCAAGUCUUGAAGAAGGUGAUGUAACCUGCGUUAAUUUGACUAUUUUGAACGGUGGUGUUCAGUUCAACGUCAUACCAGUUACAUUCAGUGCAACUUUUGAUAUGCGUUUUGUGCCCGAUUUCGAUUUGAAAGAGUUCGAAAAACAGUUGAACGAUUGGUGUAAUGAGGCUGGUGGUGGUAUUGAAAUUGAAUUUUUGUACAGAGAUGAAAAUUCGCCGCAUACAGUGACUCAUCUGAAUGAAGGCAAUAAAUAUUGGAUGGCAAUGAAAAAAGCACUAACAGAUGACUUGAAUGUCAAGUUUAAAACAUCCAUUAUGCCGGGAAAUACCGAUAUGUGGUUCGUUCGCAGUGUAAACAUACCAGCUAUCAGUAUGACGCCGACAAUAAACACGCUAAAUCGAGAACAUGAAAAUGACGAAUACAUACCAGUUGAUCAAUAUUUAAGAGGAAUCGAAAUUUACACAAAGAUAUUGCAGCGCAUCGCAAAUAUUCAUUAAAUUGAAAAAUGAUACAGAAAUUCAACAAAAUUUGAAAAAUAACCAAGUCCUUUUCCUGAAAAAUAACUAAAUCGCUUUGAACACGAUCAAAUUUUUAUUGGAAUAAAUUCAUCAUCAGUUGCCUACCUUUCAGCGCAUAGCUAAUUGUACAACAUUUGAAUGUUUUGAAUGAAACAUAUUCAGAAGAAAAAAAUGAACAAUUGUUUUUUCUAUUAAUACAGAGAGAAAAAAAUCGGAGAGGUAACGACCAUGUUACAUUCGAUUUGCACUCAAUUAUUUUUCACAUCAUAAAAUAGUUUUUAAUAGAGUUGAUCUAAGUGCAGAUUGAAGAGCACAGACACAAUAGUUAAAGUAUUAGCGCAAAGUGGACAAAUUCGAAGACAAAACUCACCUAAAAACCAUUUUUUGCAUUUUUCCUAAGAACCUAGAUCAAAGAAAUUUCAACACUUUCAAUAAAGUUUCAGCACAAAAUAACAACGAAAAA